AUGGGACUGCGCGCAGGUUUGAUUCUUCUGCUGCUACCCGCGUUUGGCCACUGCCUGCCGAGGCAGAGAACUGGUGCAGUUUCGGACAACUUCGUCGGCGAUGGCACACAAGACAUUGCUGUCUCCAUCCUACAGGAGUACGCAGAGAGCGAUCAGAACGUGGCUUUCUCGCCGCUGGGCUACGCGACUCUGCUGGCCGCUGCGGCGGAGGGUGCUUCCGGCAUGACGCGUCGCCAACUGGAGUGGGCCCUGCGCCUGCCUGACGACAGACAGCUGACGAGGAGCGCCUACCAGACCGCCCUGCACGCCGUCAUGGACGAUGGUGCUAAGAACCAAGGUCUCAGAUCGUGGUUAUAUGUGUACAGGAACUUCACAAUAAACGACGCGUACAGCCAGGUCUUAAAGAAAUACUAUUUGACCGAAGUAAAAAACGUAGAGAGAAUUGCAGACCAACCAACCACAAUGCCAAAUGAAGACGUGAUGGAAGUGGACAAGGGAAAAGGAGAUGAAAUGAAGAAUCCCAUGGAAUCCGAAGAGAAUAUGGAAGGAAACAAGCCUUCGAAGAAAAAAGAGAAUGAAUCGGAGUCUAAUAAGACAAAUACAGAGGCAAGCGCGGAAGACAGUAAUCCACACAAAUCGCACGAAACACCUAUGAUGGCGGUGGGAAAUGCAGAGCCAGUUAAAGAGGAAACGAAAAAAGAUUCAAUGAUGUCACAAAUGGAUGUGACGGGGCCAGUUAAAAACGUGAACGAAAAGGACCAGGAAAUGGAAACGCCGACAAAAGAAAAAAUGCCCAUGGCCAGUAAUAUGCCACCGAAUAAGGAUAAUUGGUCGAAGGACAACAUGUUAACGCCAGAGCAGAGUGCUAUGUCUGAAACAGCUAUGUCGGACAAAAUUGAUACGAUGAUAAAGAAAGGGAGAGCAGCUGCAGAUAUGAAGCUAGGCUCCAUGCUCGAAGACUCACUACGGCUGGAUGCCAUUGACGAGAAAAACCGCAUUGAGCAAGCCAUCGCACAGGAUGAAGCCCGCUCUCCUUUAAAGGUCAUCAUGUCAGGACUCUCGGCUAACAACUUCGUCCGAAGAACUGCUGAAAACACGACGUCGCCGUCGCAGAUGCUGUUAUUCAACGGACUGUACGUCUGGGGCCGAUGGGCUGUGCCCUUCAGCCGCGUGGCCGAGCCGCAGCCGUUCCACAAGGCAGGCUCUGCUGAGGUGUCUGCGCCUAUGGUCCGCGCUGCCGGCUCCAUCCGGGUAGCCAACCUGACCGACCUCGACGCCGUUGCGGUGGAGUUCCCAUAUGAGGGUGGGCAGUACUCGCUGCUCGUGCUGGUGCCCAACGCGAAGGGCGGCCUGGCCAGCAUGCUGUCCGACCUGUCAGUGUUCUCCCUGGCAGAGGUGGUGGAGCGGCUGGCUGCCCGAGACGUCGAGGUGGUGCUGCCAGCCUUCAGCAUCCAGACCGUCACCAAGCCACAGCGAGCCCUCUCCAGGCUUGGUGUUACGCAUCUGUUCAGCCGUGAGAGGGCCGACUUGAGCGGCAUCUCCCAGGAGGCUGAGCUGUUCGUGGAGGAUCUGGCACAGGUCACUAACAUCGACGUGGCAGAGAGCAACAGCCAGUCCACAGGUGGUACUCAGAAGAUGCAGCGUUUAGUGAUCGACCGACCAUUCGCGUUCUUCGUGCGGGAGAACAAGCAAGACUUGCUGCUGGUAGCUGGAAAGCUGGAGGAUCCGCUGCAGCCGACCUACUGACUCUGCAACUUCGUUUUCUUAAUUUAUUCCUAAUUUAUUAUCCCUCGGAAGAGACACUGUUACAACAAGCGUAUAUCUGUCUCUUGUUCUUACUGACUCUGCUGCGAACUGCUUUAUCACGGAAUAUGCUAGAAAGAUCUAACAACCUAGCGUCGUAAUUUAUACAGAUUACUAUCGGAUGAUAACCAUACGUCAAUUGCAGCACGAAGUCCAGAAGUGACAGCGAUUAUAGUUACAACUUAACAAGUUGGUUACUAUACGAAACUUCAUUUUGCUUGCUUUAAUUAUUUUUAAGUGCAUUUGGAGGAAGCAGGCUCCAUGUCUUGAUAGUUUUAUUCUGAAGACGAUACGUUACAUGAAUAAGAUGGCGGAAGGACGAUGACGUACGUUCUACUACUAACAUGGGUUUUAUUGCCCGAAAAGUCUCAAACGGCCUUGGUGUUAAUGAAUUAAGUUGCUCAAGGUGACUUAAUUCAUGAUACUGCUUCAUAGUCUGUAAACUGUGCCUUCCUACUAACAUAAGUACAUGUGCCUGUAGUACUGUGGCAAUUCUGAAGGGGAACAUGUUGCUUUGCUUGCAAAUUUCUCGUACGAACAAUUACUAUUUUCUGCCGAGCACAGUGUCUACACAGUACGAAUUCUUUGCAUUGUAUCAGCAUCCGGCUUUUUGCGUCUCGCUCAUAGGUUCUGACGCCUUCUUCGAUUUGUGUGUUAUCGUUCUUUUAAGGUGCCACAUGGUUCUUGUCUUAGAAGCGGUUUUCAAUGCAAAAAGUAUGUACUUGCCUGGUGAUUUGAGGUUGUGUGUCUACAAAUGAAAAGGAAAAAAUUGUCUACUGUGCCCGUUCUAAUUGUCUAUUGGUGUAAUGUGCUGUAAUGUAAUUUACUUAAUUUUUCACUAUUCAGACAUACAGCAGUUUUCCUCCAGACUGAUAUUU